AUGGGAGCGCGGAGCCGACGCUGCGAGUUUCAAAGCGGCAGUCCCAGUAAUGCUGAAAGCUGUAAUGUAACAGAAAAGAAAAAGCAGUCACCUCUGACAGAUAAUCUUUCGCCAUGGGAAGAAUGGUUCAUUUGCAAAGAGAGAGAGCUACGUGUCCGCUUACAAGCCAGAGCUUUAGAGGAAAUGAAUUUACAAGUGGAGAGAAGAAAAGAAAAGCAGGAACUUGAAAGGAAAAAAAAGAUUGCUGAAGAGAAACACAAGGAAUGGGUGCAGAAAAAGAAUGAAGAGGAAAGAAAGGAAAAGGAACGAAAGCUCAUCAAAAAAAUGGCAGAAAAAGCAGCGAGAGAUCUAGAGAGAAUCCAGUUGCAGGAAAAAGCUAAAGGAAAGUAUAAAGAAUGGUUAAAGAAGAAAAGAGCUGAAGAGUCUGAGAAGAAGAAGAAAGAGGAGGAAAAGGAACAAAAAAGGGUAGCUGAAUUACAGGAGAAAAAAGAGAAAUCAGAGAAGAUCUUUAGAGAGUGGCUACAGAAUGCCAGAAAUAAGCCCCGCCCAGUUUUACACGGUUAUGGCUAUACCAAUGGGAAACUUCCAGGAUACCCCGAAGGAAAUUCAUAUCCAGCUCCAGCCUAUUGUAACCCUAUUCCCUGGAAACCAAUUCAUGUGCCACCGCCUAAGGAAGACAAGAAUGUUACAGUGAAAAAAAAUAAGAGACCUAUAUCCAGUCAGUCAUAUAGGUCCUCAACUAUGGUAAUCCAUAAACCCAAGAACAAUCUUUGUAUUGGAUCAUUGCACAGAAAACAAAGAUAG